AUGUCUUCAGAAGAUAUAAAAACAUUUAAAGAAAAGAAGUCAAAGAGUUCUUCAUCAUCAUCAACAAAUUCUGAACGAGAAAUUUUUGAUGACGCUCGAAAAAUCAAUAAUGGAAAAGUUAUGGGCGAAAGUGAAGACGAAAAUAUGUCCGGAUUUGAAAGUGACUCUGAAGAUGAAAAUCAUCAUAAUGGAAAUGGAUUGCAAGUAAAUUCAAAUCAGAUGACUUCUAAUUUUCCACCUUCACCUUCUUCAAACUCAUUAAACAACAGUCUUUUGACAGUACCUAAUUCAACACCAUAUGGAACCGUCAGAACAGGUGGAGUUGUUGUUAAAAAAAUGUUCACAAAUACACGAGAACGCUGGCGACAGCAAAAUGUUUCAGGUGCUUUCGCUGAACUUCGUCGAAUAGUUCCAACUCACCCAGUCGAUAAAAAAUUAAGCAAAAAUGAAAUAUUGCGAGCUGCUAUUAAAUAUAUCAGACUCUUAACAAAUGUUUUAGAGUGGCAGAAGCAACAAGAAGAGAAUUCUGAGAAUAUUAUAACAAACGGUGCAGCUCGCACCGAAUCUCAAAUAUCAUGUGUCAACUACAUUAUUUCCAAGAAGUACGAUAUCACUAAUCCGAUUGACAAAUUGAACCACAAUCGCAAUUUGCUGAUGAUUGCACCGUCACCAAAUCCAUUUUCAUCUUUUUCUGGUUCUCAAAUGUUGCCCAAAUUGAUUCCACCAAAAUUGGCGUCUUCACCAUUUUUUCAAAAUUGCAAAACUUCAUUCAUUAAAAGUGAAUUUGUUGACCACAAGAACUUAAACGUCACGACAAAUAUUUUUGGUCAUUUAUUGAAAGGUGCUUCAUCUUGUGCAAGAGGUUUCAAUACAUCGAGUGAAAUUUAUCAGCAGAACAUUUUAAACUUUUCGAUGCGCUUCAAAAGCGAAAUCAAAGUGGAAAAUCUCGAACCGAAGCCGGAAGAAUCUGAACCCAACAAAGUUUCGAAGAGAAAAUCAUCACCGAAGAAUGGACAAGAAACCCCAACAAAAAAGAAAAGGAAUUAA